AUGCAAACAACAAAAAAGAGCGCUGGUAAAAAAAAAGAAUAUUGUGUAUUAGCUUAUCUGAAAUAUUCAUUCAACGUACAAUUCUACUCGAUAUUCCUACUCGAUAUUCCUACUCGAUUACAAUGGGAAAACAACAACGGUUACUGUGGUGAAACGGCAAUACAAGCUUUCGGUCUUUACUAUGGUGCUUGGAUCUCUCAAAAACUUGUUCGUGAUAUCAAUAAUGGAGAAUAUCUUCUGCAAAAAUUAUCUAAUGAUGAUUGUCGAAAUCCGAUUCAUACUUUGAGUGUUCUUAAUUUUACUUAUGACGAAUGGAAUUGGAAAACUUCGUCUCAACCUCAAUUUUAUGAUUAUUGUUGUUGGAUAAAGAAAUCUAUCAUACGAGGAUAUCCCGUAAUGUUUGUUGCCUAUCUUCUUUAUAUGCAUGAUGAAUAUUAUGAUCAUAUUAUGCCAGCAAUCGGUAUUCGAUUUAGAGACGAAAAUAAAUAUGAUCCGGAUGAUGUACUUAUCUAUUUCAAUCUCUAUCAUCAGAGACUAAUCGAACGAAAAAUGAAUAAAAAUGAUUUAGCAGCAACAAGAAAAACAUGUCGAAAACAUUGUGGUGAAGGUGGAUGUAUACCAUUCGAUAUCGACUUUGGAAUUGCUGUAACAGGUAUUGCAGAUGAAGAUCAUGUAACAUUACCUGUACGUCUGUCUGCUUCGGCUUGGGAUGAACCGAAUCUACAUCCUGCUUACAAUCAAAGUCCAACCGAGAUGAAUGGUAUCGUAACCGUACGUGAUCUAAUUAUUGGUAGAACCUAUGUUCUUCUCCGAUAUUCAUCUUAUGAAUAUGUACCAACAAAAGGCACCAUCAAUGAUUUCCUAUUGUCUAAAUUCGAUGAGAAGCAUAAAUUUGUGGCAAACGAUACGAUCUACAUUUAUGAAGAUUCAAAGAAAAUCCCAUCAACAGGAUCAGUUUAUUAUCGAUGUGUAUCACAAUCUGAAAAAUAA